AUGCUACGCGUUCUCAGUGUGAACUUAUCACCGACUUGCUCUCAGCCCUUGACGAUUCCCGAAGAGCGUCAGGUCAAGCGACUCGUCUUCAUCUUGCGGCUGGUGGUGGCAGUUGAGAAACCACUUUGUAUCAACACCCUUAUCGACCUGCGACAGAAGCAGGCUAGCAUCAGCCAGGCUAAUGACACGGCGAAACAGCCCAACACCAUAUUUUUGUUUACGAUAAUCAAAAUCGUAUUUGUGAGUGAUGCAUACAUGACAUUGAGAAACCUGGAUGUUUUGCGCCGACGAAUCGCUCGUACGCAGCUCCCUCUUUCAUUUUUAUCGUCGUUGUUCGCCCUGGACGUGGCGAGCUUUCCGUACAAGUCCGAUGAGCUGAAUCACCAAGGAUGGUGGCUAUUCAACAUUCUCUGUGGCGUGUCAGCUAUUAUCUUCGUCCCUACCAUCUUGCUCGCUUAG